CAUCGCACAGUUUACGUAUUCCCACGUGGGUGUAGGUAGCCUCAGCAGCCAAUCAGAGGUUACGCAAGUCACGUUCAGCGUGUCGACACAGAGGCGAGGCGCGGGUGCAGCUUCUUCCGGUUUUUUUCUAAAAUCAUAGCGAGAGAGACGGGGGUAGCUGUGUGUUAGCAAGGAGUCAAAACCAGGACAAAAUUUUGGAGGUUUGUCUAAAAGGAAAAAGAGUCGGAGCACACUUCACCGAAGAUCCGGAGUCGUGUUAUAGAACGAAGUUACGUCGGCUAACCACUUGCUCUUUUGUCUGGGAAGUUGCCACGAGGUCCAUCAUCGUCGCGUUACACCUUGAUAUACCCGGAGCAACGGUCAGGUUUUUUUUGUAGGACGGAUGUUGUCCAGAACCAACAUCUCCAGUGAUUCUGAUGGCGAGCCAAGUCCACUGAGGAAAGUCCAGCACCGAUUUCCCCAUCCACCUGCACAUAAUACUUACCUUACAAGUAUCUUUGGAACAAGGUGAACUGUACAACCUCUACAGCAAAUACACCGGAAACUAUUUUUUUUUUAUUUUUGUUUAAGGGCCCAACGGACAUUCUUUUAUUUUCUAGUGUGCACACUACUACUUUUAUUUUUGUAACUUUUGGGGUUAUUUCACAUUUUGUACAAACUGUCAAGUGUAAACAAUAUAAGAGUGGCUACUCAAUUGUACUCUUGUGUCUGUCUCAUUUUUGAUGCUCAAUACCGUGGCUCCUGUCGAAUUUGGUAUCUUCUGAUUCUGGUCCAGGGAAUUACUAGUAAAGGCUAUUAUUAUACUGUAAUUCACUUUUAUAUCGUUAAAAUUGGUUACAGAAGUGGCGAGCCAGCCAGGAGCCAAUUGAUUUGAGCAUCAAUAUUGGGAUAAUGACCAGUAUGGAUUUCAUACAAGAAUCUGGUGUCAAAAUUCCAAACGCAGUUAUUGUUAGUGGGAUAACUCAGGAAGCUGAACAAGAUGAACAAGUGAUGGACUUUCUAAAACAGUAUGGUAAAAUCGAUAGAGUCCUUUUGGUUGAUGAUUCACAGUCUGAGUUCUUUCAAAACCUGAUCGUUGAGUAUUCUAGUGGUUCAGCUAUAGAAAGUUUAGAACCUCACUUACCGUACACGUGCACGACACAAGGGAGCUCCCCUGUUCUCUAUGAAGUCAAGACACUCAGUAGCACGUACGCUACCAAGGUUGGAAGUAAUGCUACUAAGACAUACUUAGCUGAGCUCAAACGAUUAGCUAAGAUGAGCGGGAAGGACUAUAGUGAGGUGUUGAAAGAAAUGAUGUCUCAGAUCGGGGAAGAUGUUGAGGCCUUGCAACACAUGGCUGAAGGUUCCUCCCCCACACGGGUUGAGACCACUGUUUUAUCCCCGCCUGCUCAGGAAGAGCCACAGCUUCACACCUCAUUUUCCGACGAUACACCGAGCAACAAUGUUGCCACUGAUCAUGUCACCCUCACUAAUGCAAAGAGAGCACCGUCCUUUUCAUUAAGUGAUGUGAACCCACCUGACGUUCAGAAGGUCGUGGUUGAGCAUAUCGUACGGAGGCAGGACUCUGCCCAUCACAUGCAAACCCAGGUGAGACUCCGCACCUUCUCAGGAAAGACUCCCACACCUAACCAUGAAACGGAUUAUGACACAUGGCGAACACAUAUUGAGUUGCUUCAAAAUGAUCUUAGUAUGUCUCCCCUGCAAAUAUCCAGAAAGAUCCUUGAAAACUUGCUCCCUCCAGCAGCUGAUGUAGUUAAAGGUCUGCGGCCUGAGUCCCCACCUGCAGCCUAUCUACAGCUCUUAGACUCAGCCUUUGGUACGGUGGAAGAUGGAGAGGAGCUUUUUGCUCAAUUCCUGAACACCCUCCAAGACUCAGGCGAGAAACCGUCCACUUACCUUCAUCGUCUCCAGCUAGUCUUAAACCGAGCCACAAAAAGAGGGGGAGUUGCACACGGAGAAGUGGACAAACAUCUCCUCAAACAAUUCUGCAGGGGGUGUUGGGAUAACACCUUGCUCAGCACCUUGCAACUAGAGCAAAAGAAGAGUAGCCCACCCAAAUUCUCGGACCUCUUGGUAAUGAUUCGAUCUGAAGAAGACAGACAGCAAGCAAAGUCCAGUCGCAUGAAAAAACAUAUUGGCAUCACGAAACAAAAGGCUCAGGUGCAGUUUCAUGGUGCAUAUGUUGGUGAACCAGAGGAGAAGAGUGUGAGUAGCAUCAGUGCUAUUGAGGAUCUGAGGAGGCAGGUGGCAAGCCUGCAAAGCCAACUAACUACAUUUAUGUCACAGAAAAAGACAAAAGGAGCGAACAGCAAGGGAUCUGCAAGGAAGCAUCAGAGCCAAAUGUCAAACCCAGACGACACAGAUACAGGCAUGCAAAGACACGCCAAAAAGAAACAGACAUACAAACCCAAGCCCUGGUACUGUUUUAAUUGUGGCGAAGAUGGGCACAUUGCCCCCUCUUGCAACGACCCUGCCAAUCCCCGUCUAGUAGCAGAAAAGAAGAGGCAGCUAGAAAAGAAACAGCACCAGUGGGAAACACAAAAUGGUUCAAACACGUCUUUAAACGACUAACAGUUCCUGUUGCUGGACAAACAGGGGCUGAGGAGUGUCAACAGUGUCCCUCCGAUAUAAACAAUGAGGACAAAACUCCUUUUAAGAAGGACAAAAUCAAUAGACCAGCGCACAACAUUAAAGCUCAAGCGUGUUCUAGCUUACAAUAUUCAAAGCAGGACCCACUGUUUAGACUCCCCAACCAGCUGGUUGGUGUCAAGAGCACAGCUCA